AUUAACUGUUAUUAUAAAUUAAUGCUUCAAAGUUAGGAUUUAAAAGAGAAACUCGUAACUCCACUGUUUGUUCUCAUUAAAAAGCUUGACGAUGAGGAAGCUUGGACUUUAUUUCAUACCAAUAAUCACACUUAAUUUAGCAUUCUCAGUGUUUUCUGCUGACCAAUAUAACAGGCAAGAUUUUCCUCCAGGCUUCAUUUUUGGUGCUGCAACUUCUGCUUAUCAGGUGGAAGGUGCAGCAAAUGAGGAUGGACGUAGUCCUGCUGCUUGGGAUAUCUUUUCUCAUGGCAGUGGAGCUAUGGGAGUUGACGGGUAUCGCAAAUAUAAGGAAGAUGUCAAACUCAUGGCUCAAACUGGACUAGAUGCCUAUAGAUUUUCCAUUUCAUGGUCAAGACUUCUUCCAAAGGGAAGAGGUGCUAUCAAUCCCAAAGGGUUACAGUUUUACAACAAUCUCAUCAAUGAACUUAUUAGCCAUGGCAUCGAGGCGCAUGUUUCGUUAUACAAUUAUGAUCAUCCGCAGUUGCUUGAAGAUGAAUAUGGAGGGUGGAUUAACAGAAAUAUUGUGAAAGACUUUACAGAAUAUGCAGAGGUGUGCUUCAGAGAAUUUGGUGACAGGGUUUCCUCUUGGACUACUAUUAAUGAGCCUAACAUUUUUGCAAUGGGAGGUUAUGAUCUCGGAGUUGUUCCGCCUGGACGAUGCUCCUAUCCAUUUGGAAUCAAUUGCUCCAAAGGCAAUUCUACUUUCGAGCCCUAUUUGGCAGCUCAUCAUAUGUUACUGGCUCAUGCAUCAACUGUCGGAUUAUACAGAAGAAAGUAUCAGGACAAGCAGCAUGGAGUAAUAGGGCUCACUCUUUAUGCCUUUGGCCUUGUUCCUAUAACUAAUUCAACGGCAGAUAUAGCUGCUACACAAAGAGCCAAAGACUUCAUGUAUGGUUGGUUUAUGAAUCCAUUGGUGUUCGGAGAUUAUCCGGACAUAAUGAAGAAGAAUGCACACUCAAGAAUCCCGGUCUUAACCAGUGAAGAAUCCAAAUUGGUCAAGGGAGCAUUUGACUUCUUCGGGUUGAUACAUUACACUACAGUUUACAUCAAAGAUAACUCUAAGACUUUGAAUCUGGAACCCAGAGACUAUACUGCAGACAUGGCUGCAGCUAUGUUCACGGACGUAGACCAUCCAUAUGUAUUAGUCCCAGAUGAGUUUCCUAUAAGGUCUCGGGGUAUGGAAGCAUUAUUGGAGCACAUUAAGCAAGCUUAUGGAAAUCCUCAUAUUUACAUCCACGAAAACGGACAAACGAACCGACAUAAUUCUUCAUUGGAAGAUAUCUCAAGGGUGGAAUAUCUGGAAGCAUACAUUGGGAGUUUACUUGAUGCAAUCCGGAAUGGGUCGAAUACGAAAGGGUAUUUCGUAUGGUCAUUUAUGGAUUUAUACGAGUUACUGGAUGGCUAUAAAUCAGGCUAUGGUCUCUAUUUUGUAGAUUUUGAUGAUCCGGAUUGGAAAAGAGUACCAAAGCAAUCUGCACAUUGGUACUCUUACUUUUUAAAAGGCGGAACAGUUGGCGGAGUUGAAAACAGAUCUUUCAAGUCAUCGCUUGUUUCUAUAGUUUAAUGCUUCUUGGAAAUUCGUUCCGUAAUUGUGCUUGUUAAACUGAAAACAAAAUUUAGAUGAAUUCAAAUCAAUUAUGUUAUAUUUCACAUUAUAAAUACUAUAAAUAAAAGAUACAUAAUCUUACGAUGUAAA